CGGAUUUUGCUACAUCAUUAUCCGGUGAAAUGCAACCACAAAGAUAUUUGAACCAACAACAUGGAGCCUUUCCUCGCCGUGAUCGUCGUGGUUCUGCUGGGCGUCGCGGGGUAUCUCUACUUGUCUUGGCAGUCUACGGCUCCAACAGACGCGAAACGACCACCCAACGGACCCACAGAGGUCGCAAAACCAUCAAAACCGGUGGCGAAAAAACCAGUCAAGCACCAUCAUGCUCAUCACCAUGCCCCACACUCCGACGCAGCAAAGGCCAAGCAGGUGCACCUGCCUGACCACGCGCUGUUGUCGCAUGUUCUCAAGGGUCACACGGGUCCGAUCACGUCGGCGUGCUUUAGUCCGAACGGUCGCUUUAUCGCGACGGCGUCCACGGACCGCACAAUUCGCCUCACGUUGCGCGAGUCGCUCGGGUCCAAGAACCCAACGUUCAAGACAAUCAACAUCCCGUACGACUACGCAACGACGUGUACCUUUAGCUGCGACGGGAAGACGUUGGGCGCGGUCACAGCCGACGGCCAAGCUGUGCACUUGUACAGCAAGUUCAAGGCCAAACCUGAACUCACGCAUACGUUUCCCAUCCACGAGCACCCCCAGGGCGUGGCAUCGCUGCUCUUAAACGACGUGGGCGACGACUGGACCACCGUGGUGACGGUCGGCAAGGACGACGACACGGACAUCAGGUGCUGGGCCGUCGACGGCACGCUACUGCAAUCGACCAACCUCAACCAACUCCAAGCUUACCACGGUGUGCAAUCCAAGGACAACCGGUUCAUCGCUGUGGCCUCGUUCACCCCCGAAGUGAAGAUUUACGAGAUUCACCGCACCAAAGGCACGGGCACGUUUGAAAAGCUCCACAAAGUGAUGGCUCUGCAAGGACACACGAGUGGCGUAUUGGACGUGGCUUUCGACGGGUCCGACUCGACGCCGGUCAACCACAUUGUCACUUUGUCCAGAGACGGCACGGUGCGGAUGUGGGACAUCAACGUGCGCUACAAGCUCCAAGAAGACCCCAAGUGUAUCAAAACGUACACAAGCGACGUCGUGUAUUCUACCGUGGACAUCACUCCCAAUGGCAAAGUGAUUGCGUUGGGGCAUGGACAUGACGUGGCGUUCGUACGGGUCGACACCAUGCAAGUGAUGCUUGUGAUCCCGCAGGCCCAAGAAGAUACCAUUUCGCGCCUGCAAUUCGAUGCGGUUGGCCAUGAGCUUCUCGUGCAAGGGACUCGAGCCCGCGUGGUCAAGGUGUACCGCACGCCCGACCUUUAAAUAGUGUGAGUAAAAAAGCAGGGGUGCAUAACGAGAAUGCAAAGGGAUUGCCACGUCAUGAUGGUUUAUACAGUGUACAUAACUAUGGCGUGUAGUUGGAUGAUGGAGGUAACUCCUAUAUUGUCUGUAUACCACCAGCUUCCAUGGUUAAGAACUAAUAAUAUCGCAGCCGACCGCUUCAGUCGUCGUCGUGAUGGCUUGACCUGUCGCGAAAAGGAAUCCAAGAGCGUUAAUCACUUGCUUUGUUAAGUUUGUUACUAUAUAGAA